AUGUUUUCGAAUAAUCGAAAGAAGGAGGCACUGGCACCGCCGUUGGUUUCUGCUCCACCUGGUCCCCAACCUUGCUUGCCUUCUUUGUUUUUGGGUAUUAGCGAGUGGUGGAUUGCAAAUUUCGAAGAUGUCCUACGGAGCGAUCUUGUGUUCAGCACUCGUGCGAUGUCAUUGCAUCCACUUAUGAAAGGUAGACACGAUCAAAUCCAUAUCCUAAAUUACCUUUGUGGCAAAGAUUUGAUUGCCUUAUCGAAAGCUACCAAUGGAGGUAGCUUGAUGGUGAGUGCUGACGACUUGAUCCGAAACAACCGCCUUCAAACUGAAAUCCACCCAUCCCCGGAGGGUCGUUUUCGGGGAGUGAUACUUACGGACGAAUGGUUCAAUGUAGACGAAGAAUAUGAAGCACUAGCAUCCAACCUGCUCCAAGCGGCAAAGGGCAUGUACGACCGUGGAUGCAACGUGGUUUUUGUGACCACAGACGGUGUCUUUUCCGCCCCAGCAAGAAUUAGUGCGAUAUUUCAGCUCGGACAAGAUCACUGGAGAUUGACGAACUAUACCAGCUGCUCCAUGGUCAAGACAGGAGUUGGAAUGACGAUUCUACAAUCUGCAUUCCCAUCCAAAUCGGUUUACCUCAAAUCGCAUCUGGUCUCUUCUCCUGCGUCGGAAACCUUACUAAUCGAGAAUGUCAAUCCUGACGACUAUGACUCGGAUGACUCUGUUCCCACUCCAAACACCUCAUCUCCAGUUGUUGUACAUCGCGGCACCAAUGGUGGAUAUGUUUGUUAUUUCGGUUUUGUGAACUCUUUGGAUGUUUCUUGGGGGGCAAUAAUGCUCAAGCUGUUGAAUCUAAACGCGGCAUAA